AGCAGAUUUCACCUUGGUUGACGUAGCUGGCAUUACAAUUUGAAAAGCUCAACUUCUCUUUUAAGCAUAUCGAAGGUUUCUGGAACAGAGAAAAUGUUAACACUGCAGGUCUGAGUUCCAUUUUAAGCGUAGCCCAGUUAAUCAUAAACAAAUUUGAAGCGUUCAACAAGGCAAAUUUCUAAGAGUUUUUUUUUACAUCACAGACAGUUGCUAUAAUGCACUUGCGAUCGGCACUCGAAGAAUAAGGAUGGACUGCGAUAUCGAUGAGAACUUGACUCCUUCAACUCCCAGCUCGGACGAUGAAGGAGGAAUCCGCCAAAGACUACUUGAAAAAGGCGCCGAGUCCGACCAAGGAUUCGAGUUCGACGAAUCGGGAGCGCCGAAGGUUCGAAACUCGUACGAACGUUUGGUCGCUGAACAAGAUGAGCGAGAGAGAAAAGGCAUUCGUUGCGAGAUUGUCAAGGGACCAGUAGACGAUGAGAUCACAGAAGAUGUGCCUCCUGAUUACCAAGAGCGACUCGGACGACACAACGUACCACGAAAGGCGGACCUCGAAACACUCCGAGGAAUUCAACGAAAACUUCAAUCGGAGGUCAACAGCCUGAAAUCGAAAGCAAAAACCUUUCGAAUGCAUGUGUCCAAAUACAACAAAGGCCACGCGACUUACACAGACUUCGAUCGACUCAGUCUCCUGAGAUGGGUGCGCGAAGGAAAACGAGGGGUCCUCGGCAAGAUCCCAUUUGCAGGGUGGGGACUUCGCUGGGAAUACCUGGCCCGACUGCAAAUCGGCAUCGAGCACAAGCGUCGUCAGCUCGAAAAAAUACGGAAUCAGAUCCAUAGCUUGCAAUUGUUCCGAACGCGAUUUAAUGACUACCAGAAGGAGACAGCCGGCGUCUUAGACAUGCAGUUCAUGAUUACCAAAAAUACGGUGCGCAUGAAUCAACAACGAUUUGAACAACUGCUGAUCGCACGACAGUCGUGGGAGUGCACCUUUGAGACUAUGAUGUAUGCGAUCGAUUGUUCCGGGACUUACAAAACUGUUUGCACCCAGUUGGGCAGACAGCAUUGCCAGAAGGACGGCCCCUCAGUUGUUUCGGUCAUUCGGCAGAUAAUUCUUCAGGUUUCGGCGGAUGCUCCCUCAGUGAGCAGGGCAACACCACCAGACAUGGCAUGGGAACAAAUUAUGGUAGCUCGGUUUCAAAAACAACAAGAAGCCGAGGCAAAACGGGCUUGCAAACCAAAAAGGAAAGCUUGCCGGAAACGCAACAUGUCUUGUAAGCCUGAUCCACCAUCUGAGUCGGUUUCAGUGGAAACUGUGAGCGUUGAUACGCCGUUCCAAGACCUGGGCGCUCACCGCGAGCUCUAUUAUCUAUUUGAAAAUGUCGAGCACAGUCUCAUGGAAGUUCUCCUUGAUGUCAUCAAGUUAGAGAGCCGCGCUCAAUAUUGGUGCGAUGAAAUGGAAGGAAAUCCAACUGCAGUAGUAGGCAAAGAUUUCCUGGAAGACUGGGAAAAGCCCGUAGUUUUCGAAGUCCCCUCUGAAGAUGUAUCUGUCGCCAUUUGAUGAUGCACUCAACAGCAUUUAAUAACAAUCUAUUCUUGUUCAUUUGUUAUUCACUUUCCUUUUUGUUGAAAAUAUAAGAACAAAAUUCACUUUUCGUUACAAACAAAAA